AUGGCCCUGCGGGCGCGGGCGCUGUACGACUUCAGGUCGGAGAACCCCGGUGAGAUCUCGCUCCGGGAGCACGAAGUGCUGAGCCUGUGCAGCGAGCAGGACAUCGAGGGGUGGCUGGAGGGCGUCAACAGCCGCGGGGACCGCGGGCUCUUCCCGGCUUCUUACGUGCAGGUGAUCCGCGCCCCCGCCGCCGAGCCGCCGCCGCCCGCUCGCUACGCAAACGUCCCCGUCGGCGGAUUCGAGCCGCUGCCGCCCCCCGCCGCCUUCAAGCCGGCAACGCAGCAGCCCCCGCCCGAGCCCUUCCCGCCGCCCCCCGCCGGGUAUCCCUUCCCGCCCUACGGCGGCUCCUACCAGCCGAGUCAGGGCAGCGAUGACGACUGGGACGAUGACUGGGACGACAGCUCCACGGUGGCCGACGAGCCGGGCGCCCUGGGCAGCUCCUACCCCGAUUACGAGGCGGCGGGCGGCGGCGCCUCGGGCCGGUACCGCCUGUCCACCCGCUCCGAGCCAUCCCUGGGCCCCCGCGGCGCGGGGCACCCACCGGGACACCCGCACCCGCCCGGCGGCGGCGGCGCCGCCAAGAGCUCGGCCACGGUGAGCCGCAAUCUCAAUCGUUUCUCCACCUUCGUCAAGUCCGGCGGAGAGGCCUUCGUGCUGGGCGAGGCGUCGGGCUUCGUGAAGGACGGGGACAAGCUGUGUGUGGUGCUGGGCCCCAGGGGCCCCGAGUGGCAAGAGAACCCUUACCCCUUCCAGUGCUCCAUCGAGGACCCCACCAAACAGACCAAAUUCAAGGGCAUGAAGAGCUACAUCGCCUACAAGCUGGUGCCCAGCCACACCGGCCAGCAGGUGCACCGCCGCUACAAGCACUUUGACUGGCUCUAUGGGCGCCUGGCUGAGAAGUUCCCUGUCAUCUCUGUGCCCCACUUGCCAGAGAAACAGGCCACUGGCCGCUUUGAGGAGGACUUCAUCUCUAAACGUCGCAAAGGCUUGGCAUGGUGGAUGGACCACAUGUGCAGCCACCCCGUGCUGGCUCAGUGUGAUGCCUUCCAGCACUUCCUCACCUGUCCCAGCACGGAUGAGAAGGCCUGGAAGCAGGGCAAGCGCAAGGCUGAAAAGGAUGAGAUGGUGGGUGCCAACUUUUUUCUGACCAUCAGUGUCCCUACAGGCCCUGGGGCCAGCCUGGACUUGCAGGAGGUGGAAAGCCAGGUGGAUGGCUUCAAAGCCUUCACCAAGAAGAUGGAUGAGAGUGCCCUGCAACUUAAUCACACGGCCAACGAGUUUGCCCGCAAACAAGUCACUGGUUUCAAGAAGGAAUACCAGAAGGUGGGGCACUCCUUCAAGUGCCUGAGUCAGGCAUUUGAGCUGGACCAGCAAGCCUUUUCAGCUGGCCUCAACCAAGCCAUAGCCUUCACUGCAGAAGCCUAUGAUACCAUCGGGGACCUCUUUGCAGAUCAGCCCCGGCAAGACCUAGAUCCUGUGAUGGAUUUGUUAGCGCUAUAUCAGGGGCAUUUGGCCAACUUUCCAGACAUCAUCCAUGUGCAGAAAGGAGCCCUUACCAAAGUAAAGGAGAGUAAGCGGCACGUGGAAGAGGGGAAGAUGGAGCUCCAAAAAGCUGAGGGCAUUCAAGAACGUUGUAACAUUAUUUCUUUUGCAACGCUUGCAGAAAUUAAUCAUUUCCACAAAAUUCGUGUGAGGGACUUUAAAUCACAGAUGCAGCAUUUCUUGCAACAGCAAAUACUCUUUUUUCAAAAAGUGACACAAAAGCUAGAAGAAGCUCUUCACAAGUAUGACAGUGUUUAAUCUCUGAUUUGUGGACUUUGUUCAGCACGAACAUGACCCAGGCAGCAAAGCAAAUGCUGCUGAAGAGCUGUUGGCAGUGGUAGAUGGCGGUACAAGGAUGGGUUUGUGUUCACCUGGAACCUGGGUUUAAUCUCCGGUUAUGUAGAAAGAAAACAGUUAUAGGGCUAUGUAGUAGAAACAGUACCACACAUUGUAACUAAGUUAUACUGUGUAUGCCUACACCAUUGUAACUUUUUUGAAAUAAUGAGUAUACUAUUUGCCUUAUUGCUUUUUGAAAUACAGUAUCUUAGUGCAUACUUCGUAGACCUCAAAGCCCUUUGGGUAUUUAAGGAAGUUGGCUGGAUAGAAGCCUGCUUCAGAUGCCUUUUUACUUUCCUCGAUUUGGAUUUCCUAACUUCAAACAAUUCUCUGUUUACAGACUCCUACUAGAGCAGCUAUGUGAUUCUGUGCCUUUAGACUCUAUUCCUUUUCUAGUAAGUCACAUUUUUAUGAUUGAAUGAAUGAAGGGUUGAUACCUAUGACAGGAACUGAUAAUGAAACCUCACACUGACUGGAAAAAAAUCAGCUGCCAUCCUGUUUGCGUGGCAAGUACAGUAAUUUCACGAUUAUAAGCUGCACCUGA